UUAGUGCCUCAGGUUCUUCAAAGCUGCACAGCAUUCAUCGAGAGAUAUGGCAUCGUGGAUGGCAUAUAUCGUCUCUCAGGAGUUGCCUCCAAUAUCCAGAGACUUCGUCAUGAAUUUGAUUCUGAGCAUGUCCCCGACCUGACGAAAGAACCUUACGUUCAAGACAUCCAUUCUGUGGGCUCCCUCUGUAAGCUGUACUUCCGAGAGCUCCCAAAUCCUCUGCUUACCUACCAGCUGUAUGAGAAAUUCUCUGAUGCCGUUUCAGCAGCAACAGAUGAAGAGCGAUUGAUAAAAAUCCACGAUGUCAUCCAGCAGCUCCCCCCACCACACUACAGAACACUGGAGUUCCUGAUGAGACACUUGUCUCUUCUAGCGGACUAUUGUUCCAUCACCAAUAUGCAUGCAAAAAACCUUGCCAUUGUCUGGGCACCAAACCUGCUGAGAUCAAAGCAGAUAGAGUCGGCCUGCUUCAGUGGGACAGCAGCUUUCAUGGAAGUGAGAAUUCAGUCUGUGGUUGUUGAGUUCAUCCUCAAUCAUGUAGAUGUGCUCUUCAGUGGCAAAAUCAGCGCUGUCAUGCAGGAAGGGGCAGCCUCUCUGUCGCGGCCCAAGUCCCUGCUGGUCUCUUCUCCGUCUACCAAGCUGCUGACAUUGGAGGAAGCCCAGGCCAGAACGCAGGCUCAGGUCACUUCUCCCAUCGUGACUGAAAAUAAGUACAUUGAAGUAGGAGAGGGGCCUGCUGCCCUUCAAGGGAAGUUCCAUACCAUAAUUGAGUUCCCACUUGAAAGAAAGAGGCCUCAGAAUAAGAUGAAAAAGUCUCCUGUGGGCAGCUGGCGCUCCUUUUUCAAUCUGGGGAAGUCAUCUUCGGUCUCUAAACGCAAGCUGCAGCGUAAUGAGAGUGAGCCCUCGGAGAUGAAGGCCAUGGCUUUGAAAGGUGAGCACUCUGCCACCCUGUCCUGCUGCAGCGGACGGCCUGGGGACUCUGGGCACCUGCUGCUGUCCUCGUGGCUGCCUCCUCUGG